AUGUUCAACGCCGUGCGCGCCGCCGCCAGGCGCGUCCCCACCGUCCCCAAGCCUGGCAUGGCCGUCGCGCCGCGCUAUUAUUCGAGCAGCAUGCACGAUCACAACGCCGACACUCUUGACACAGAGAAGAAGCGUAACUUGACCGGAAAGCAACACCGGAGCUCUGCGCCCCAUGAUGAGAGCGCGCCAGGGUGGAAUGAGUACCUCGGUAGUGCGUCAGAGGCUGCCGUCAAGGCCGACCAGUCGCCCGAUGACGGCGAUGUUGCAACCAUGCAGCACAAGACGGCCACCCGUAUCAAGCGCCGCUACCAUGAGGAAGAGUCCCCAGACCCGAACCCGCCAGAGCAAGCCCUCGAGAAAGGUACGGACACGUCGCAUAUGGCGCACGGCGAGAAUGUUCACGCUGUGUAUGAGCGCGACGAGGUUAGCGGUCCGUUGGGCGGGGCUGGGGACGGGAAGUCGGUGGAAGUGGAUGAAGUCACCACCAAGUUCACAUCGACAACAACACCGGCAAAGUGA